AUGACAAAUGGUGAAAAACAAGCUGAUGAAAUAUUAGCAUUACAAUCAAUUUUUGAUCAAAAAUUUCGUUUAAUGAAUGA